CGACACAUGUACAUACCAGGGCCAGGUCUACAAUGGAGCCAAAACUUCACAUUGAUAAACCUACAAAUGUGCAGAGACGCAAUGACCGCAUCGACCGCCGCCUUCGCCCCAAGAUCGAUUGGCAGUACUGGCCCGAUACCACUAGCCUGAAGCAUGAUGCUACGAACGAUAUCUCCAACCUAGACAUUGAAAGUCGUCCCGAUCUUGAAGACAAUGCAGUUAUUGCUUGGGGUCUUGCGCAAAGCGAAAAGACGAAGGGUCUCGACGUAGAUAUCGACGUGCUUUACGGAGAGGGAAUGAACCUGAAUUGGAAACAAAAUGCCAAAGAUGAGGAACUGGAACGUAUCAUGCAGCCCAUAGACGGAAAUACACAAGAACACUCGCUUCGGAUGUGCUUCAUUAACACAUUGAACACGGAAGCCAGUUGGCUGCCAGGAAACUUUGAUAUACGGCCUCAAACUAUCCGCAUACUCCAAAAAGCCGGGUUUUCGAAAAUUCUCCUUACCAACAUCUAUUCUGGGCAGGGCUACUGGGCCAAGAUGGGAAACCAAAGAUUCCUACGCUUUAACGCAAACGGUUGUCUAACCUCCUUCGAAAUCUGCUAUCAGUAUCGCUGUGGCUGGGACACUGGUGUCAGCUUCGUUCACUUUAUACGCACGCCACGCCAAAGUGUAUACUUCUUCAUCAACUACCCUACAUGUGCGUUGACGCGAUUGAAAGCUGUAGUCAAGAACAACCCUAUGAUUGCGCAUCGGGACUUCUUUCCCGACGCUCUGGUCGCCGAUGACAGCUUGAAGCAAUGGCAAUACGAGAUCGGGCAUCGCCGCGAUAUGCUUCAGAAAUAUGAGAAGCAAUAUGAGGAUGAAGGUACUGAUUUCAAGCUGGCAACGAUUCAACUGCAUCGUCUUGCGCGACACUGGCUUACACUAGGCCAAGACAGCGUAGAUUUUCAAGCACAGCUGGGCUUUCUGCGUGAGUCGUAUGCGAUGUACAAAAAAGCCUUGGGAUCACAGUCACCUGGUUGGAGCAUUGACAAGGCUGUUGACAUGUGUGAGUCCUUCGACAUACUCAUAUCGCAAUGUGACACCUGUAUUCGAUGGACAAAAGUGUAUCAUGAAAGGACCAACCUCCGCAUCAACCUUCUAUUUCACCUCGCAAAUCAACGAGAGGCGCGCACCAGUACCCAAAUCGCAACAUCCACCGCUGAAGUCGCCCGACGUACACAACGCGAUUCCGCAUCGAUGAUCACGAUCGCGGCUGUGACAAUGUUGUUCUUACCAGGCACGUUCAUCUCAGCUAUUCUGAGCACAACCUUCUUCGAUUAUGGAGACGAUGGGCUACAUGUCUCGGCAAAGUGGUGGGUUCUGCUCGCCUCAACGAUACCGCUCACUAUCGUUGUGUUUGGUGUAUGGCUAGGAUGGCGGUAUGUGAGGCUACGGAAACAAAAGGCUGAAGCACCUGUCAAGCUACCUUGAUGAGGUUGUUUGAAAAGACUACUAUCUUUAUUAGGGACAUUCAACCAUCAAUCAUGCUUUCCGCUCUGUCGUUGGAGGUGGACCCGGAGGUUGGCUACAUCGGCACGGGAACAUGCCCACAUCCGUUCCGACAUUUCUCUUCCACUACAUAUAAGGCAGCCAUGUUUUCUACGGUCAUCAUUCGUCCUUGUUCACAGAUAACAGAUAAGCAUGUUUGAGGGGUUUCCGAGAAUACAAGGACUUUUUACGUCUACGGAUAGCAUUUAUCGGAGCGGAUGUAUUUUCGUAACCGGUGCGGGUGAUAAUACGGUGUAUAUAAUGCAUAUACUGCACCACCGCCAGAAGUUAAAUCAUCAUCAACAUUCAUUCUCACCC